CAAGCUCCGCCCCUCAAGUCCCCGGCAGCGGCAGACGAGUGGGGACCGAUCCCCCGGUUCUCCAUGAUCCCGCCGGCCGGGGCCGUUUCCCCAGAGCAGAGAGGUAUCUGCUGCGCCUGAGAUGAGUAAACUGUCGUUUCGGGCGCGGGCGCUAGACGCCUCGAAGCCGCUGCCGGUUUUCCGCUGUGAGGAUCUGCCCGACCUGCACGAAUACGCCUCGAUAAACCGAGCCGUGCCGCAGAUGCCCACCGGAAUGGAGAAGGAAGAGGAGUCGGAACACCAUCUUCAACGGGCUAUUUCAGCACAGCAAGUGUAUGGCGAGAAGAGGGAUAAUAUGGUUAUACCUGUCCCAGAGGCAGAAAGUAAUAUUGCUUACUAUGAGUCUAUAUAUCCUGGGGAAUUUAAGAUGCCAAAGCAGCUCAUUCACAUACAGCCUUUUAGUUUGGAUGCUGAACAGCCUGACUAUGAUUUGGAUUCUGAAGAUGAAGUAUUCGUGAAUAAACUGAAAAAGAUAAUGGACAUCUGCCCAUUGCAGUUUGAGGAGAUGAUUGACCGUCUAGAAAAAGGGAGUGGUCAGCAGCCAGUCAGUCUGCAGGAAGCCAAAUUACUGCUAAAAGAAGAUGAUGAAUUAAUUAAAGAAGUUUAUGAAUACUGGAUUAAAAAGAGAAAAAACUGUCGAGGGCCAUCUCUUAUCCCAUCAGUAAAACAAGAAAAGCGAGAUGGUUCUAGCACAAAUGAUCCUUAUGUGGCUUUUAGAAGACGAACUGAAAAAAUGCAGACUCGAAAAAAUCGCAAAAACGAUGAAGCCUCUUACGAAAAAAUGCUUAAGCUGCGUCGAGAUCUAAGUCGGGCUGUUACUAUUCUAGAGAUGAUAAAAAGAAGAGAAAAGAGUAAAAGGGAGCUAUUGCACUUAACACUGGAAAUUAUGGAAAAGAGGUAUAAUUUGGGUGACUACAAUGGAGAGAUUAUGUCUGAGGUUAUGGCACAGAGACAGCCAGUGAAACCUACUUAUGCCAUCCCCAUCAUCCCUAUUACUAAUAGCAGUCAAUUUAAACACCAGGAAGCAGUGGAUGUGAAGGAGUUUAAAGUUAAUAAGCAAGAUAAAGCCGAUCUUAUCCGACCAAAACGUAAAUAUGAAAAGAAGCCCAAAGUCUUACCAUCAUCUGCUGUUGCUGCUCCUCAACAGACGAGUCCUGCUGCACUGCCAGUCUUUAAUGCUAAAGAUUUAAAUCAGUAUGAUUUCCCCAGCUCAGAUGAAGAACCUCUCUCCCAGGUUUUGUCUGGUUCUUCGGAAGCUGAAGAAGAGAAUGAUCCUGAUGGUCCAUUUGCUUUCCAUAGGAAAGCAGGCUGUCAGUACUAUGCUCCUCACUUAGACCAGACUGGCAACUGGCCUUGGACUAGUCCUAAGGAUGGAGGAUUAGGAGAUGUGCGAUACAGAUACUGCUUAACUACCCUCACCGUACCCCAAAGGUGUAUUGGAUUUGCACGAAGACGGGUUGGGCGCGGUGGAAGGGUCUUACUGGACAGAGCUCACUCAGACUAUGAUAGUAUGUUUCGCCAUCUGGAUUUGGAAAUGCUUUCCUCACCACAACAUUCUCCAGUCAAUCAGUCUGCCAUUACCUCAGAAACAAAUACCUCGGACAAAUCUUUCUCUAAAGACCUCAGUCAGAUACUAGUCAAUAUCAAGUCAUGUAGAUGGCGGCAUUUUAGGCCUCGGACACCAUUCCUACAUGACAGUGACAAUGAUGAACUCUCCUGUAGAAAAUUAUAUAGAAGUUUAACUCGAACAGGAACAGCACAACCUGGGACCCAGACAUGCAGUACCUCUACGCAAAGUAAAAGUAGCAGUGGUUCAGCACACUUUGCAUUUACAGCCGAACAAUACCAGCAACAUCAACAGCAACUGGCACUAAUGCAGAAACAGCAGCUUGCACAAAUUCAGCAACAGCAAGCAAAUAGUAAUUCCUCCACCAACACUUCACAGAACCUUGCAUCUAACCAGCAGAAAAGUGGCUUUCACCUGAAUCUACAUCAUAGCCAUUCUAUACAGGGUUUAGAAAGAACAUUACAGGGUUUUGUUUCCAAGACUUUGGAUUCUGCUAGUGCUCAAUUUGCUGCUUCUGCUUUGGUGACAUCAGAACAACUGAUGGGAUUCAAGAUGAAGGAUGAUGUGGUGCUUGGGAUUGGGGUGAAUGGCGUCCUUCCAGCCUCAGGAGUAUACAAGGGCUUACACCUCAGUAGUACUACACCAACAGCACCAGUACAUAUAAGUUCGUCAGCAGCAGGUUCAACUUUGUUACAGCCUUCAAACAUUACACAGACUUCAAGUUCCCACAGUGCACUGAGUCAUCCAGUAACUGCUGCCAAUUCUGCAACAACUCAGGUUCUGAUUGGGAACAACAUUCGAUUAACUGUACCUUCAUCAGUUGCCACUGUAAACUCUAUUGCCCCCUUAAAUGCACGACACAUACCUAGGACUUUAAGUGCUGUUCCAUCGUCUGCCUUAAAGCUGGCUGCCGCAGCAAACUGUCAAGUUUCCAAGGUCCCAUCUUCAUCCUCUGUAGAUUCAGCCCCAAGGGAAAAUCAUGAAUCAGAAAAGCCAGCGCUAAACAGCAUAGCAGACAAUACAGUAGCGAUGGAGGUGACGUAGCUUUCUCACGGACGUGGGACUGCAACCUGGGGACUUGAUUAGGUCUAUGCAUCAGUA